AUGGUUGGGCUACUCGACAUACCCGUAGAAAUUAUGCAAGCAAUAUUGGCUUGCUUACCCGCAGACUCUCUUCUUGAUCUAUCCCCGACUUGUUGUUUGCUCAACCACCUUUCCACGUCGGCACUACUCGAACAUCACGGAAUUCGGGAUCCUACGAACUGCACUUUUGAUCUUUACAAUGAUACCCCAGGGACCCCGUCAAAGGCUGACGCCCUAUCCGCCUUACUAGCGGGUCUUCAUAUCAAACGAAUGAAAUUUCUUCAGUGCAACCUCAAGACUUCCUGGUACUGGGGCGGGGGUUGGCCUGCUUCCCAACCUUUACGUCGACUCCACCGUCUCAUACAAAGAUUGUCUUCGAUCGAUGAGGUCGUCUUGUCUUUCGAUAUAUAUGGAGCGAUUGUCCUUGACGACGCAGAUCUGAAGUCUGGGAUAGAUAUCCUACAGAACCUGCUCAACAUGAUCAUAACGAAAUCAUGCAAAGUCCUUCGCAUCAUAAAUCCAGCAAGCUUUUUUGAAAAGAGUUACAUAUUUAAUCAACCGGAUAGUCGUUCCAGUAUCACUCAGACAUUCCGCCGAUUCGUCCACCGCAACGAUUCGCCAGAUUGGCAGUACAAGAGGGACAAUAGUAAAGGAACUCGUUUAUUCCUCACUUGCUCUCCUGCGGCUUUGCAGAAGGUUGCGCUCACCGAGAUCGAAAUUGAUGCCAUAAGCCUUUUCACGCCACCCUGUUCCAACUGGACGUUCACUAUGCUAAAGCAAUCUCGAGUUAAAACACUCACCGUCAGCCUCACAUGGCCCGAGUCAGGCUAUACACCAGCCGAGCGGUCCCUUAUACUCUCACGACUAGUGGCGGCCGUCCCAGCUUCAGUCAAAUUUUUGCGCGUCGUAAAAGUAACACACAUUCUCGAAACUCUAGGUUUUAUUGCUCAACUACCACUUCUUGACACGCUUGACUUUUGUCCUUGGCCAUGGCAAGUGGGGCUCUUGGACGAAUCCACCACCACGUCCUUCCCUAUUGUUUUGAACAUGAAGACAAUGUGUUCCACCGCAGAGAUGCUCUUCUUUAUGUUUUCCAGGCCUUUGACUGCUCCGAGACUAAGAGAAAUCUUUUUGGCUUUCCAUAUUUAUAAAGAAGAAAUGUUCAACAUCACAACUACCGCCACCUCCAUCGCCCGACUUCGUGACUCUGUCGGGCCCAUGGUAGAUAUUUUACCGGCGGUCUUCAUGGACAGUGUUCCACCACCGAUGGAAUCUCUUUGCGAUGGAAUUCAACCAAUUUGCCCGAUAUGGGAGCAAGAAUUUUCCAAGUUCACAGCUGUGAUGCUAGUCGGCCAAAUAACCCUACUAGACAGUCCCAACACAUUCCGAAUUAUUUUGGGAGUGUUGACGCUGUUUUCUGGAAUAAGUGGACUGUUAAUCAAACUUAGGCCAAGUCCGAAAGUCGAUCCCACUCCCAUCCACCUUGAGCCUUGGAUGGUGAGGGCCAUUUUAAAUCGAUCUCCGAACAUUACAUCCAUUGUCUUCAACAAAGUUGCCCAGAGGAUAAUUUCAUGA